AUGUGGAACGAUGUCGUGUACGUAUUGUUACUGUUAAUCUCCGUGGCAAUUGGGCCUCUCUAUCGCGCAGUGCAAGGACCUCGUGAAAAACAAUGGCUUGCGACUCUCCUCGGCUUCGCGUUAGUGAUCUGUGUUUCAGGAUGGUCAGUUUUCCAUCCACUCAUCACUGUUCUCGUCAACGCCAUCAUUAUAACCAACUUAUCAUGGAAAAAAUGCCAUCUAGUCAGCCUGUUUUUCUCCUUUUUCUACUUGCUGGUGAUCUUUCGAUUGAGUAAUCUUUUUGGACUACCAAGUCCACCGACUCAUACAAAUCUUGUUGUAAUGAUACUUACAUUGAAAUUGCCUGGAUUAGCAUUUGAAAUUAAUAAUGCAGCUACAGCCCCAAGUGAUGAUACUCAAGGGGCAAACUCAGAAGCGCUCAAGAACAUCAGCUUCAUGGAUGUGAUACAUUACAGCUUUGGUUACAUGGGUGUUCUAACAGGUCCAUAUUACCGCUACAGAACAUAUUGGGAUUCUUUGCACAAGCCUUUUUCCAAGCAUGCUGACCCAUGGCCACUGACAUAUUACAAGCUCAAGCAAAUUGUAGCAUUCAUCGUGCUCUUCUUAGCAAUGGAUCAUCUGUUCCCCAGUAAUUAUACGCAAAUGCCGGAAUUUGAAGAACACUCUUUGAUGUAUAGAUUCUUUUAUAUGUAUCCAACAUUCGCCACCUUCCGACUGAGAAUGUUUAUUGGCAUGGCUCUGUCUGAAUGCGUCUGUCAGAUGUCAGGAGUAGGAGCUUAUCCGGUGUGCUGCCAGCCUGUAUCCGGUCUAGGUCCGCGUGAUUACAAAACAAUCGAGAAAUUGUCAGUAAAUGAAGAAAAACUGAAGGAUCUGGAGCAAGACUUCGAGACUGUGCAUAACAUGAACGUGUGGGAAGUGGAGACUACUCCAUUCGUUAGGCAAACAAUGAAAAUGUGGAACACGUGUAUACAAUAUUGGAUGGCCAUAUGUGUUUACAAGAGAUUUCCCCAUAAAGGGUUGAGAACUAUGGUCACAAUGCUUCUCUCCGCUCUAUGGCAUGGCUAUGCAGCAGGUUACUAUAUUUGCAUCUUGCAAAUUGUGCUCUAUUUACCUUUUGAGGAUAUCAGCACAAAGUUCUAUAAUCAGUGUGAUCCAAAUGGACUCGGUAAAAAGGCUUGGGGAUUGUUCCUAUGGUGGGCGAAACUCACGUGCAUGGCGUAUCUUGGUGUGCCGUUUCAAUUGCUACAUCUUCAAGAAGUAAUACACUUUUACAGAAGUUUGCAUUUUUCCGGGCACAUCUUAGGACUUUUAUUGUAUUUGUUUGUAAGAGUUUUAAAGAUUUUCUUUUUGAAACGGCGUCUAAGCGAAGACGAUAAGAGCAAGUAACUUCUUUUUGUUCUUCCUCGCGAAAUUCUGUUGUUUUUAAAACAGGGAUUCCUAUUACUAACAAUUUUACUUUUUUUUUAACUUAUAAUCAUUACGUUCAAGUUUCACGAUAUUAAUUUCUAUAUUAGGAGAACUAUAGAAGAGUUUCACCUCCUGCGUCAUAAUAUCACAUAAGUCACAUAUAAGAUAAAAAGGUUAUAGUCUAAACCAAGUCACUAUAGUUAAACUUUGUUUAAAUGCAGUGACAAACCCAAGUCACGUAAUGUGACGAACACGGGACUCACUCGUGCCGCAUUUGAGAAUAUCGUGUGUAAAAUAUUGAAAGAUAAAAGAGCCGAGUUUGGGAAUUCCUGCUUCAAAUCAUUAAGAAAUGCGUUGUAAAGACAAAAGAAACUUACAAUCUUCCGCGUAGUUUUGAUAUAAGCGUAUAAUCAAAAAGUAGUAAUUAGUCAUUGUUAACAUUUCUUUUUUACGUGGUAUCGGUAUAUUGGGAUAUCUGGAGUAUACCAAAUAUUUAUAUAUAUUACUAGUACAAAUUUGAGUGCCACUUGUUAGUUGAAUAUUCUAUAUGCUCUCUAAAAAAAAAAGCUCCCAGACAACACGAGUGUUCCAUUUUUUGUUGAGAAGUCUCUUAAACAACUUUACGGCAUAUUUUAGACAUUCAUGUUGUCUGACUGUGACUUUCUUACCCAAAGAGUGGGUCAAAUAUCGCCUGUAUCUUAAGAAUGUGUAAACGUAAACGAGGAUACAUUUAUGGACGAUAAUCAAGAAGAGCAAUAAAAGUAUAUUUGUUUACCUAA